AUGCAUACCAAAUUAACCGGGAUGAGUAACAAUGCAAUCGUGACCACAAAAUACCUACUGUCCUCGUUGAACAAUGUAGUUGAAGAAUUGAGUGUUGGCCCACAACAUCGUUCAUUUGUCUCUACCGAUCCAGAGAAAUCUAUUACCACUCUGAGCAUAGGAUUCGAUGAGAGGGAAGAAGAACUUCCUCAGAGGUCACCCUCACUUAGCAUGUGCGGCACGCAAGACCCAAGCAACAUACAGGAACUGGCGGAAACAAACUCCCAUAAUCGAAAACCCCAUUCAAUGACACCAGGUCAAGCAAGUCUUUUUGAUGCCUUGCUUAGUCUCGCAAAACAAGACGAAGAUCACGAUUCCUCGACUGUGCCUUCCCAUACAGUUACUCAAACAAAUCUAGCGUGUUCUCCCAUCGAGUCAAAACCAGAUAAACAUGGCAACGAAUGCAGUGUUUCCGGAAAUUCCAAAGCUUCGGACGAUGUGAAUAAUAAUUUCACAAGGAUGAUAUCCUUGGAUCGGAAUGUUGAAAGCAACACGUUGCCAUUUAUCCUAAAUGCGUACGCAUUUUGGGCUACACAAAUGAUGUUCGAUCCCCUUCGGGUUAUCCAGAUAGGGCGUACAUAUGUCUUUCGUCAAUAUGAAGCCUCAGAAUCGGCGAGAUGGAAGUUGAAGCUAGUCUCAGAUUUCACGUGGGCUGCUGGGAGUAGCACCAUAUAUGAUCUUGAUGACCUACCGAGUUUUACCGUCUUCCAGACUCACAUGUGUCAGCAAUUCCUGGCAGCCACUACUAACUAUUCACGCGGAACCCUGGAUCAACCCACUGCUGCUGACAUAUUUAUCUUCGGGCACGAGCUCUUUUCAAUGGCGUUCAAAUACUUGCCACUAUCGAAUAUCCUAUCGCUCAUGCAACUCAGUGCUCCCAUCUUUCGUCGUGCAUGCCCGGGCCCCCAAGAUGAGUUUGUGCACCUGCCGAGCUUAUUACUUCAAAGUAAUCUAUCGCUCCGAUACUUUGCCACAUUCGACAUUUUGAUGAGCGUCAUCAUGAAUCGCCCCAUGUUCUUCCGAUACGACGUUGCAUUCACACAAGAUGUACCCGAAUCCAAAAUGCACAUUCAGGAUUACCUUGGGAUGCAAUGGUUUUAUGGCGUCCCCGAUAGAUUGGUAAUAACCCUGGCUCGAAUGAAUGCUCUACGAGAAGACUGUGGUGAUUGCGUUGAUACAGCAACAAUCCGAGAGCUGGAAUUGGAGAUUGCGGGCUUCCGACCCGUACUGGGGCUAUCAGAGGAGCCAUCGUUGCUAGUGAGCAGGCUUGUCGUACAGGAAUGUUGGCGCCAGGCCGCAUACAUUUACUUAUACAUGGGUCUAUGUGGAGCAGAAUCUAUCGAUUCUAGAGUCAGGCUUGCACAAGCGAGGUUUAUGGAACUCUUCCGGGGAGUAAAGCCGGGGAGGAACCCCGAUGUGUUUUUGAUUCUUCCAAUCAUCAUGUUAGGCGUAGCCACACACUCGGUAGAAGAACAAGACGCGAUCCACCAACGUAUGAUGAAUCAACCCGAGUGUUCGCGUCGGCCCACUUCAGGGAACGAUAUCAUAAAAAUACUGAACGAGAUAUGGUCGCGACCAAAACGUCUGGGUCCAGUGGUAUGGCAUGACCUUCGACUGGCAUGCUUGCGUGUCGUUGGUAUGUAA